GCCGUCGAGCAUGCAACCCGGGGUGAUGUCCCGUGCCGAGCUGGUGGCGGCCGCCUCUGCCCAUCGCCAGCGACAGACCAUGUUCCAUCUUCCAACGACGGCGACGAUGGGCGAUGCGCUCGCCUUUGACGCGAUGUCGGCGGCCGACAAGGCGGUCGUCGACGAGCUGCUUGCGUGCGGCUGCUUGGACGUGGCGCUGGUCCGCGUGGCGUCGCCGACGCAUGUGGUGCACGGCGACCGCGAGAAGCCGCUUGAGGUAGACCUCGACCAUCGGCCCUGCGACCUCGACUACUUGUACGACGACGACGAGUUGUAUGGCGUAGCACCAACUUCAACCCACGAGUGUACUAUCGAGGUGGUCUGCGACGGCGUCUACGAGGCGAGUACGCAGAGCAACCGCAUUAUCGGCGUCGCUGCGUUUGCGACCUGCCAUGUGCCACUGGCCGUCACGUCGGCGCUUAUCGACAAGCCGCUCGGCAAGGCCAUGGACCUCGCCACGUACACGGUGCGCCCAACGAGCUCGCCGACCACCAUCUGCAUUGCGUUUUGGCCGCGCAUCCACCGUGCGCGCCUCGUCGGGUUCCGCCGGUCGCUUCAGGUGCUUGAAGCCGCGAUGCGCUCGACGUCUCGUUGCGGUCGGAAGGGCGAUGCAUCGAUCGCCGCACUGGCGACCGCAAUCAACGGCAUGUUUGGCGACGGUAUGGACGACGUCAUUGCUCUCCACGGCGGCUACGACGUGCCCGACCCAAUUUCUUUUGGCAACACGCUCCUCGCCCUCGGCGACGUCGACCUGCUUCUCACCUUUCUCCAAGACGGGCUUUCCUUCGAUUCGCGCACGCUGGACAGUACAACGGCCUGGCUGCGCCUCGUGCUCGAGCAAGUCGGCGCUGCGACGGUGCACCCAGCGCUGCUGCGGCUCGUGACCGCACGAUGCACCAACGUCCAGUCGCUUCAUGUGGCGUCUGCGCUGCUCGUAUCGAUGUUGUGUCUUGCCGGGCGAAAUGGCGAUCUCAAGGCGGUCAUUCAGGACUGCUACAGCGCCAUCCUCACGGCGCUUUCGCGGGGCGUCGACGGGGCAGAGCCUGAUGCCGAGGCCGCGACGCAGCUUGUUGUGCAUCUGCUGCGUCUGGAAGCAUGGCGAUAUGACGCGUUUGGCAUUGACGCGUGCGCCAACCUCCUCGCGCUGCUCAAGUCCAAGCACCUGCGUCGACGACUGUGCACGCUGGACGUGGUCGCCAAGGCGGUGUGGCGCGUGCGCACCGACGUCUCGCCGACGCAUCUCGCGCCGUUUGUCGCCCAUGUCCAGAGCAGUUUGUGGGCAGCGGUAUGCAGCGAUCAUGACGGGUAUGGUGCAUCGCUGGCCGUGCUCCAGGUCUUUGGCGCGUCGACCAAGCUCCUCAAGAAGGCUGUUGCGCACGUGCUUGACCGCUCGUCUCUCGAGUUUGGCAUGGCCGCGCUGCACUCGUACACGUCGCGCGUCGACGUGCCAACGGUGGUUUCCACGAGCAUCGACGCGCUUGUCGACGCUCGGUGGUCGUCCACGUCGAGCGACGGCGUGGCAUGUACUACAAGUAGUACUCUACCGUUCGCUGCCCGCCACAACUACCUCUUGCACAGUCUUGGCAAAGGGCUGUCGGUGCCGGCAUCGAAUGCGUCGGACGCUGCAAAGCGCGCUUUUGCGAUGGAGCUAAUCGCGCCGUGGCAUGCGAUGGUAGCCGCCACGAUGCCAGCAGCCGCGCGCAUGCGACUGCGGCCGGCGCUCGAGGUCGCGUGGACGACGGUGCUGCGCGAGGCGACGCCGACGAUGCACCUGUGGCAGCCACUGCACCUGGCGCUGCCGUGCCACUGUGCGCAGUGCCGCAAGGUGACGGUGUUCCUUGCCGAAGAGACACGCGGCUUUUUGUACGUUGCUGAGAAGGCCAUGUGUCUGCACUUGGCGUCCGUGCUGCAGCGACCCGAGCCGCUUUUGGGAGCGGUGACCGUCGUCUCUCGCCCAAGCGACCGCACGACGAUGCUCUUCAAGCAAGAUGGCCAAGCGGUGCGAGAUGAAGAGGACGUGCUGCGUGCCAUGGCGCAGAUCCGCGCAACGCUGGCGAUGGACGAGCCCGCGUCCGAACCCGAACCCUAGCCUCGCCCUAGCCCCAGGUGGUAUAUCAUGCAGAACGCGUUGUGUGAAGGACAUGUGUCAGGCUUUGAUGACCGAUCGAUAGACAAGUUGUGCUAUCUGCAAGUAGUCGGAUGCUCUCGCUGCGUUUGAAUAGACUGACUAUCGAUGGAC